AUGCUGAUUCGCACGCCUCAGGCCGCGGCGUCGCCAACGGCGCUCGCCGCACCCGCCACGACAGCCGCUGCGCCGUGGCGCGCCCUCUUUGUCCAGCACCUGGGACAGAUGCCCAUGCCGCUGUGUGCGGUCAGCACGCUGCACAGGACGGGCGAUGCGGUGACCCCUCGCGUGCGCAACUGCGUCUGCCGUGGCCUCUGGGCGUCGCUGCCGGCCAACGCAAAGAACCCGGCGCCGCGCAACCCAGCCAUCUACGAGAGCGACCUGCCCGUGUUUACGACAGACGCACGCAUGGCCAAGGCCGGUGAGAUUGGGCUGGAUGGCGGUGGGGCUGUCGAAGCGGUGUGGUGGGCGCCCGAGGCCGGCACGCAAUGGCGGGUGCGCGGGACGGCGUGGGUGCUGGGACCGGAGGUGGAGACGCCGACGGGGGCGGCCACACGGGCGGCCAUCCAAAAGCACAUGCGGCGUAGCAUUUCGGACCGUGGCCGAAGUGCGCCUGCAGCGACCGCGGCCACCGCGGCCACUGGCACCUCCGCCUCCUCUUGGAGCUGGUCCCGCGAGAUCACGGCACACUUUGGCAACCUGAGCCCUGGGAUGCGCGGCAGCUUCCGCAACCCACCGCCCGGCCAGCCCCGGCCGCCGCGCGGCGAGGCCGGCAACACACACCCUGGCGAGGGUCUGGGUGACCCGGUGGGCGAUGACCACCUCGACGACCCGGCGGCGCGGGCCAACUUCCGUGUGUGCGUGAUUGUGCCCGACGAAGUCGACCAGGUGGACCUGUCCAGGGGGGACGACCCGCGGCGGUGGCAGUACACCUACGUGGGCGAAGACGGCGACGCGCCGGACGGGGCAGACGUCAUCAACGGCUGGGCCAAGCAGGAGCUGUGGCCUUAG